UCGGCCCUAAUUAAUCGGUUGGCCUCUAGUAUGCAUUAUAUGUCGGCUAUGUUAACUUGUCAGAUGGCAACAACAACUGCCCGAGUUACAACAGGAACGCACAAUCCUUCCAUCAGUGCUCAGACUGUCCGCAAUAGGCUGAGAGAGGCUGAACUGAGGGUUUGUAGGCCUGUUGUAAGGCAGGUCCUCACCAGACAUCACCGGCACAACGUUGCCUAUGGGCACACAACCACCGUCGCUGGACCCAGACAGGAUUGGCAAAAAGUGCUCUUCACUAACAAGUCGUGGUUUUGUCUCACCAGGGGUGAUGGUCAGAUUCACGUUUAUCGUCAAAGGAAUGGGUGUUACUACUCUGGAGAGGGAUCAAGGUGGAGGUUCCAUCAUGGUCUUGGGAGACUCUAUUCCUUGACUACUCUGCACACGUUCAGAAUCUAUAGCAGUGGCCAGCAUGGUCCUGUGCUUCUACUACUCCAUGGAGGAGGCCACUCUGCUCUCUCCUGGGCUGUGUUCACUGAGGUGAUAUACAGCAGAAUUAACUGCAGGGUGGUGGCUAUGGACCUAAGGGCCCAUGGUGACACCAAAGUAAAGAAUUCUGACGAUCUCUCAGCGGAAACAAUGGCCAAGGACAUUGGCAAAGUGGUUGAGGCACUCUAUGGAGAAAACCCGCCUCCGAUAAUGAUGAUUGGACACAGCAUGGGUGGAGCUAUAGCAGUUCAUACCGCUGCAGCCAACCACGUGCCGUCGUUACUUGGCCUUUGUGUCAUUGACGUCGUGGAAGGCACUGCAAUGGAUGCCUUGAACAGUAUGCAGAAUUUCCUCAGGAGUCGACCAAAGACCUUUAAGUCUGUGGAGAACGCCAUUGAGUGGAGUGUGAAGAGUGGACAGAUCCGAAACGUUGAGUCAGCCCGGGUGUCCAUGGGAGGCCAGGUGAAAAAAUGUGAGGAACCCCUUAACAGUCCAGGUGUCUCCAAAAGCAUCGGUGAAGUCAUCAUUGAAGAAGAAGAGGAGGAGGAGGAGGAAGGAGAAUCCAAUCACAAGAGAAAGAAGGAGGAUGACCAAGAGGUGAAGACGGAGAGCCUCUAUACCUGGCAGAUUGAUCUGUCAAAGACAGAGAAGUACUGGGAGGGCUGGUUCAGUGGACUGUCUGCCCUCUUCCUCUCCUGCCCUAUGCCAAAACUGCUCCUGCUCGCUGGUGUGGACAGGCUUGAUAAAGAUCUCACAAUUGGACAAAUGCAAGGGAAGUUCCAGAUGCAGGUGCUCCCUCAGUGUGGCCAUGCUGUCCAUGAGGACGCCCCUGAAAAAGUAGCAGACGCUCUGGCCUCGUUCAUGGUCCGUCACAAGUUCACUGAACUCAAGGAGGGUUUCCUUUGCUAAUGGGAAUGGGAUCCAAAUAAAUAGUAAACUACAUAGAAAAGUCCCAGUUUUGCCCUGGACCCAAACAGCACUUCUGGAGGAGUUGCCUGGAGCCUCAUGGACACCAUCUUCUGCAAAUGACUCCCAACUGGAAUAAAAUAGAUCGGGAUAAAUUAAAUCAACUUGAGCACUGUACAACUGCAAAAUUCUCAGCACUUUGGUUCUUAAAUUAUCUUUCGAAAAUGAAUUAUUACUUUGCGAAAUGUACAUGUAGAUCUUUUGCCAAUAUGACUUUGCCUUUAUGCUUUUUAAGAAUGCAGGGAUUUUGUUUCACCCAUUUUUUUUUUUCCUGUGAUGGCUUGCAUGUUUCUUGUUCAAUUUUGGGUAACUCCAUGUUGUGCUAUGUGUUUAAUAACAUUGUUGGAUUUUAAGAAUGAUGAAUAAAAAUGCAUUAGGACAAUU